AUGUCGGAGACGCAACCACCCUCGCCAUCGUCGUGGUCGGCCAUCCCGCUGGACCUGGCUGGGCUGGUGCUCUGGCUCCUCCCCGCGUGCGCCGACCGCGCCCGCUUCGCCGCGGUAUGCCCGCAGUGGCGCACCGCCGCGCUGCACCACCGUGUGCUCCCGGUGCUGCCGCUGCUCGCGCUCCCGGACGGCACCUUCUACAGCCUCCCUUACAGCAAGCGGUUCUGCUUCCCAGGCUGCGGCUUCGCGGGGUACAACAGCGCCUGCGGCCGCUGGCUCGCUUUCCUACGCGACGACGGAUGCUUCCUCGUGGAUCCAUUCACCGGCGCCACCGUGACGCUCCCUGCACUCUCUCACGUCCGGCUCCGUCCACAGCAUGCGGAUCUGAAGCACAUACCAGAGCACGAGCGUCACACCCGCGGCACAUGGCUGCUUAUCAGAAACGUGGACACUCUCCUGCUGAGUAAGCUGAUACUGUGCUCGCCGAACCUCGCCGCUGCAUUUGUCUCCCAUGAAAUGCUUGGCCAAAUCCUGCUGUGCCGGCCAGGGGCUACCUCGUGGUCGGUACGCGCGUACGAUGAGUGCAAGGAUUACAAAGAUAUGGCGUUCUACCAGGGCAAGCUCUACGCCAUUGACUACGGCGAGGACCUCUUCAUGGUAAACAUCGGCCAGGACGAGAGCACCGGCGACCCGCAGAUUUCUCGGAUCGGACGGAUCAUCAGUGGCAGUCCAUGUGAUUUGGAUUGGACGCCGAGCAACAGCACCAUCAAGAUCAAGGUUUACCUGGUCGAAUCAUGUGGCAAGCUGCUAAUGGUACGCAGGAAGAUCUGGUGCAGGCUGGUGCUGGACCAUGUUUUGGCUGGAGAGAGCGAGUUCGAGGUGUUCGAGGCUGACUUCAAGCGCUCACGGUGGAUCAGUGUGACGACCUUGGGAGAGGACCAGGUGGUUUUUGUUGGGCGAAGCUGCUCCCUGGCCGUUCCCGUGUCUCAGUACGGGAUGAAGGGAGAUCGGAUCUUUUUCUUGGACGAUGAUGAAUAUUACAAGGGCUAUAGCCACAAGAACGACGACACUUCCAUCAGUGUCUACGACAUGAUAGACGGUGAGGUUUCAUCCCCUCUGCCGAUGGUCUCAUGGAAACGUGACACAGAUAGAAACAAAAUGCAUCACACGACAUGGCUACUUCCGUGA